UUUUUUUACAUGUUGCAAUAUUUUUUAAACCCACUAUUCUUGUGAGAAAUGUGUUUCUAAAGUAUAUAAUCAGAAUUAACAUGGAUUUGACUUGCCAGAUUUUCUCGAUGAGGUCUAAAUUAUCAAUGAUUCUGAUCAUCAAUACAGACCCGAGAAGAGCCCGAAAACGGCCCGGACCGGACUGUCCAGUCUCUCAAGGGACCGGAGAAAAUCUUGUUCCUUUUGAGUGGAAUAGUUGUCUGAGUGAGUAGCUAUCUAGGUGAGGCCUGAAGUUGAAAUAUAUGACAAGCUUGACUCGAUUUUUGUUGACAAACGUGACUAUAGAGAGAGAGAGAGAGAGAGAGAGAGAGAGAUGGCUACUAUUGCUCCAAACUCCGGUGAGACACCAACAAUGGCUAAGGAAAACAGCAUAGACGACCCACAAAAAGAACCGGAUGCUGGAGCUCUUUUUGUACUUAAAUCCCGAGGGUCAUGGUUGCACUGCGGAUACCAUUUGACGUCGGCGAUAGUGGCCCCGGCGCUGCUUAGUCUUCCCUUUGCGAUGGCGAUGUUGGGUUGGGUUGGAGGAGUCAUGUGCCUAACCCUGGCCGGUUUGAUCACCUUCUACUCCUAUAACCUCCUCUCCCUCGUUUUGGAACACCACGCUCAGCUUGGCAAGCGUCAGCUCCGGUUUCGGGACAUGGCCCAUGAUAUUUUAGGACCUGGAUGGGGCCGCUAUUUUGUGAAUCCGCUUCAGCUGGGUAUCUGUUAUGGUGCAGUCAUUGCCUGCAUACUUCUAGGAGGACAGAGCCUAAAGUUCAUUUACCUGCUGUCGGAACCAAAUGGGACGAUGGAGCUCUCCCGGUUUGUUGUCAUUUUCGGAAGCCUAAUACUUCUCUUGGCACAAAUGCCAUCUUUCCACUCUCUCAGACACAUCAACCUCGUUUCUCUAUGCUUAUGCCUUAUCUACUGCGCUUGCACCACUGCUGGUGCUAUAUACAUUGGAGAAUCAAAAAAAGCGCCGGCCAAGGACUAUGCCGUAACUACAACUGGUGUUAAUCGUCUUUUCGGAGUUUUUAAUGCUAUUUCGAUCAUCGCCACCACAUAUGGCAACGGAAUUAUCCCUGAAAUACAGGCUACUAUAGUGGCACCGACAAAGGGGAAAAUGUUCAAAGGACUUCUGGUGUGUUACACGGUCGUGAUCUUGACUUUUUUUAGCGUCGGGAUAUCUGGGUACUGGGCGUUUGGUAAUCAGAGCCAGGGAUCAAUUCUUCAGAAUUUCAUGGUUAAUGGGAAGCCUCUGGUGAAUAAGUGGUUCCUUUUGAUGACCAAUGUCUUCACUUUUGUGCAAGUUAUUGCUGUUGUUCUGACUUACCUGCAACCGACGAACGUGGUGCUGGAGCGCAAGUUCGCCGAUCCCAAGAUGGACGAGUUCUCGAUCCGCAACGUCGUGCCACGGCUCAUUUUCCGGUCGCUGUCGAUAGUGAUCGCCACGCUCUUGGCUGCAAUGCUGCCUUUCUUCGGAGACAUCAUGGCGCUGUUCGGAGCUUUUGGGUGCAUCCCUUUGGACUUCAUUCUGCCCAUGGUUUUCUACAACUUGACCUUCAAGCCUUCCAAGAAGAGCAUUGUGUUCUGGGGAAACGCGUCGAUCGCGGUUAUCUCGACGGUGUUGUCACUGGUCGGAGCUGUGGCAUCGGUUAGGCAAAUUGUUCUGGAUGCAAAGACUUAUCGGUUGUUUGCUAAUAUGUAAUUGUAAAGAUCAAGAAAAUAAAUUAAUGGGGGUAUGGAUUGCUUAAAUGGUCAAGGUUAGAAUGUGAUUUAAGGCAGUAUGGCCAAUAUUAAAGAGGCCCCUUUCUGUUCACAAGGAUCCCCCAUUUAUUAUAGACCAGUGUCAUAGAGCAUGUACACUAGUAAAUUUUGCUACCAUGACCUAAGAACUAUUCAUCAUCUAUACA